UAUAUGAGGUAAAAUAACCUCUCUACUUCUGCUCAAGAUUCCCCUGUUCAUGCAGCUGAGGAUCGCAUUAAUCCUUUUGGCCACAGUAUCUCACUGGAAGCUCAUGUUAUGGUGAUUAUCCACCAGGAUCCCCAGUUCUUUUUCAGAGUUGCUGCUUCUCAGGAUAGAAUCCCCCUCCUGUGUGUAUCUGCUAUCUUGUGCACCAAUGAGCCUGGAAUUCAAUCUGCUGGAAUAAGACAAUGGCCUCUACGUCCAGUUGAAAUAAAGGGAAUGUGUUCUCACUUGUGAUGAUUUGACAUUAUAAACCCUUCAUUAACCAUGAUGGCAACACAGACAUUAAGUAUAGACAACUAUCAAGAUGGACAACAAAUGCAAGUAGUAACCGAGUUAAAAACUGAACAAGACCCAAACUGCUCUGAAACUGAUGCAGAAGGAGUGAGUCCUGCCCCUGUAGAAUCUCAGACGCCAAUGGAUGCAGACAAGCAGGCCAUUUACAGGCACCCACUGUUUCCAUUGUUAGCACUAUUAUUUGAAAAAUGUGAACAAUCUACACAGGGCUCAGAAGGCACUACCUCUGCUAGUUUUGAUGUAGAUAUUGAAAAUUUUGUAAGGAAGCAGGAGAAGGAAGGAAAACCCUUUUUUUGUGAAGAUCCAGAAACUGAUAAUUUAAUGGUAAAGGCAAUCCAGGUUCUACGUAUUCAUCUGCUUGAGCUAGAAAAGGUUAAUGAACUCUGCAAGGAUUUCUGUAGUCGUUACAUUGCCUGUCUGAAAACUAAAAUGAACAGUGAAACUCUACUAAGUGGAGAACCUGGAAGUCCUUAUUCACCUGUACCAUCGCAGCAAAUUCAAAGUGCCAUUGCAGGCACACUGAGUCCCCAAGGGAUUAUGGUGCCUGCAUCAGCAUUGCAGCAGGGAAAUGUAACUAUGGCAACAGUAGCAGGGGGUACAGUGUAUCAGCCAGUCACUGUGGUCACUCCACAAGGUCAAGUAGUGACACAAGCACUGUCACCUGGGACAAUUAGGAUCCAGAAUUCACAGGAUAAUACUGCAAGAGAACUUCCACCACUACCGCUGCAGCUUCAGUUACAGUUAAACCAAGAUCUAAGUAUCUUGCAUCAAGAUGAUGGCUCGUCAAAAAAUAAGAGAGGGGUUCUUCCAAAGCACGCUACUAAUGUGAUGAGAUCUUGGCUCUUUCAGCACAUAGGGCAUCCAUAUCCAACAGAAGAUGAGAAAAAGCAAAUUGCUGCCCAGACAAAUCUGACACUACUGCAGGUUAACAAUUGGUUUAUCAAUGCUAGAAGACGAAUUCUUCAGCCAAUGCUGGAUUCUAGCUGUUCCGAAACUCCAAAAACAAAGAAAAAAACAGCUCAAAACAGACCAGUUCAGAGGUUCUGGCCUGAUUCCAUUGCAUCGGGAGUUGCUCAGCAGCAAUCUAAUGAACUUACAAUGUCAGAUGAGUGGAAGAGCCAGACUUGUUACAUGGGGCCUCCUGACUCUCCACGCUGUUCUCAUUCGUGCAGACCACCCUGCCUUACUGCCCAAGGAGCUGUUGUAACAAUUACAGCUCCGGUCAACAUGAAUGUAGACAGUCUCCAGUCUCUGUCAUCUGAUGGUGCUACUUUGGCUGUUCAGCAAGUUAUGAUGGCAGGACAAAGUGAGGAUGAAUCUGUGGAUAGUGGUGAAGACGAUGGAGCAGACCUCUCAACAACAAACAUCAGUGGGCUUGUUUUGGAUAACAGUGAUUCUCUGCAGUAGGAAGCAAGAGAAUGUGACAAAAUAUUUAGGAAAAUGAAUGGACUGACUGACUGUUUUUAUAGUUUGCACAGCAAACAUUUUACACAAGUUUUAUUUCUAAUAUGUUUUAUAUGUAGAUAUAGAAGGGUGCACUUUUUUGUAUUUCAUAGUAAGCUUAAAGAGUGUCUUUGCAGGUGCAGCAACUUCUUUCAAAUGUGUUUUUGAAUUUUGAAGAGAGGUUGAGUUUGUUUUUUUUUAAUUACAAAAAAUUGCAUCUAGUAAUAUAAUGAACCACAUAAAUACCCCUUUUGUUCUCUCAUUAGAUUGAAAGUGCUACAAUUUCUAAAGAAUUAUGCAGUUUCAAUUAGACCUGUUGUUAAAGACAGCUCUUGGUUGACUAACGAUGUAAAUUCAAAGCAUGUGGCACUUGAUCAUUAAGUUAGACACACAUUUGAAAGAUGCUUCUGCACCUUAAAAACUGCCAGUCUGAGGUGGGCAACAACACACACCCACAAAGAAAAUGGAGAUGUGUGAUUCAGUAGCGAAUGUAUGACAGUUUAAAUAAGUUUAAUUUCUCUCAUAGUCAGUGAGCUUGUUUAUCAUUUGCUAUAAAAACUCCUAUUUUUACCUUGGCGGGAUUAUUGGAUAAAAAAAAUAUUUUUAUAAAUUGAGUAGGAAUUGGAAUGACAACUGUAUUGAGCAUGAGAAAAAAAUUUCCAGAAGGGGAAAAUAAAUGUUUAGUAUUCCUAUUUGGAAGGUUCUGAAAAUUUGACCAAAUUUAAUAAACAUGCCUAAUGCUAGUGUUCCAUGGUUCUCUGCUAUCCCAUAGUGGUAUAGUAUAUUUGAUAAUAGCAUAAGAAGGGCCCACAGUUUGAUGGGAUUUUGAUAUUGUCAAACUUUGAUUUAUAUAUGUGUAAACUAAUGCUCAAAUUACAUUUAACUCUGUAUCUAAACUUGUAUCUGAAGAUAUUUGCUAAAUAGGUAUUCAGGUAAGUAAGUACAAUUAUCCACAAUUUCUAGUAAUCAACAGAGAAACUUAAUAGUUCAUGUUUUUUCAGUCUGAUUUUUAAAAAUGAAAAACUGACUGGCUAGUUUUUCCACCUCAGUUAUAUUAUUGAAUUUGAAAUUUGUUUCCACAUACAAAAAAUAUAAUUUAUGGAUUAUAUAAAGAAUCUUUUCAAAUACAAACAUCACUACCAGAAUUUACAACAGGCUUGUAAAAAAUCCUUGUGUGUCUUUUAACAAACUCAGAACUAGUGAUGAAAAUAGAUUUAUCUGUGAUAAUGGUUAAUUUCAGUUUAUCCGCAGAUCUUGAGUUGUGUAUUGUUAUUUCUGAACACCUGUUAUUGACCCUUCAUGCUGAAAAAGUUGGUCUUUCCCCAUUGUUAAGUGCAAAUAACAGUAGACUCAAGAAAUCUUGUAGCAGGACAGUGUGAAAAGGAGGGUGCUACCUUCAAAUCUUAAGCACUGAUUGAGCAAAGCACUUAGUUAUGUGCUUAACUAUAAGCACCUACUUAAAACCAUUCCUGUUCCACAAAAUAUCCAAGCAUGUGCUUAGAUCCCAUUGACUUCAGUGGGGUUAAACCAUAUACUUGAAAUUAAACACAUGCUUAGGUGCUUUGUUGAAUUGGGGCUUUAAAGUCUGCCUUACUGAGCAAUUUAUAGGCAGCAUGAACAGAGACCUUGACAGGAGAUGCUAAAAAAUUGUUACAUGUACAUAGAAGGCAAAUUUAUUUUUCAGAGGUUACCAUUAAAAAAAUCCUUGUUUUACUGGCAUUGGGCUACAUUCACCACUAGCAUAAGCAGCUGACUUCGCUACUGUAGCACCUACUUAUGCCUGUGAUGAAUUGGGCCUGUUGACUCAACUGCAGUAAUGAGGUAUUAUUAUGGUUAGAAUUAUUAAAGUAAAGUUUUUAAAGUAUUUGUUUUAAUCUAUCUUCUCUGUUUUUGCCUCUAGUACCCUUUCCAUAUGUACUGAGCAAUUUAAAGAAAAUACUAAGAGUGUAUAAUGAAAGAUUUAAUUAUGAAAACUGGUAUAAUGUAAUUGAUUUAAGGCAUACUGACAAGUCCAA